GUAUUAAGAUUUCUUACGUGAACCAUGCCCUUCGUAAAGGUUGUCAAGAACAAGGGGUACUUCAAGCGAUUCCAGGUGAAGUACCGCCGCCGUCGUGAGGGAAAGACGGACUAUCAUGCCCGGCGUCAGAUGGUGCUUCAGGACAAGACCAAGUUCGGCUCACAGAAGUACCGCCUCGUGGUACGCAUCACCAACAAGGACAUCAUUGCGCAGGUCGUGCAGGCGAAGAUCGUGGGGGACAAGGUACUGAUGUCCGCGUACUCACACGAACUGGUUGCCUUUGGUCUCGAACACGGGCUGACGAACUACGCUGCGGCGUACGCA